CUGACGCGCCCUGCCCGCUACCUGGUCGCCUGUGUCGGUGCUCGGGGACCCCAGGUCUCCGGCCGCUGCGUCCCCGCGUCUCCGGCCGUGUCCUCUGUCUCUGUGAGUCUCUGUCUCUCUGCGUAACUCUGCCUCUCCGCCUCUCCGCCUCGUCCGUCUCAGGUUCAGCUCUGUCUGCGUCCGUCCCACGCUCGCCGGCCGUCUGGUAGCCCGAGGUGGCGGCGGGCCCGGCGCUGGGCGCGAUGAGCGGCGCCUGCACGAGCUACGUGAGUGCCGAGCAGGAGGUGGUGCGCGGCUUCAGCUGCCCGCGGCCGGGCGGCGAGGCGGCCGCGGUCUUCUGCUGCGGCUUCCGCGAUCACAAGUACUGCUGCGACGAUCCGCACAGCUUCUUCCCCUACGAGCACAGCUACAUGUGGUGGCUCAGUGUUGGCGCUCUCAUGGGCUUGUCCAUAGCAGCAGCAGUCCUCCUGGCCUUCAUUAUCACUGCCUGUGUGCUUUGUUACCUGGUCCUCAGCUCAAAGCCCCACACAAAAUUGGACCCAGGCUUAAGCCUACAGACUACAGGUAAGAAAAAGUCCACAUGA